AUGAGCAUCAAAGAGACGAUUAUUGAGACUAGUCAAGGCGGUAUAAAAAUUGUUCAAUAUAACAAGCCUAAGAAGAAGAAUGCCAUUGAUGGAGUGAUGUAUCGCCGAGUAAUUAGCAUACUGAAUGAUGCUGCCACAGAUGACUCUAUUUCUGUAAUGGUUCUCACUGGAACAGGAGACUUUUAUAGUAGUGGAAAUGACUUCUCAGCUCCAACAGACCCUAAUGAUGACACGGGCAAACACUUGAAUGUUCUUAAAGACUACAUUAAAGCAUUUAUAAUGUUCCCAAAAAUACUGGUUGCUGUUGUAAAUGGGCCAGCCAUUGGUAUUGCAGCUACAACAUUAGCACUUUGUGAUUUGGUAUUUGCCUCUGAAAAUUCAUAUUUCUACACUCCUUUCACUAAGUUGGGAAUUGUGGCUGAAGGAUGUUCAACAUUCACUUUUCCGAGAAUUCUAGGAGAUAAAAAGGCAAUGGAAAUGUUGCUCUGUAACUACAAGAUGCCUGCAAAAGAAGCAUUAGAGUAUGGGUUUAUAAACUAUGUUUAUAAGCCAGAGGAGCUACAAAGCAAGGUUUGGGAUAAAAUAGCUGAAGUGUCAAAGCUCCCAAAGUACAGUGUCACAGCCACUAAGAAGCUGUUGAGGGAUACAGUCAGGGAAGAACUCCUACAAGCCAAUGAAAAGGAAAUGGAAGAACUCAAUAUUAUUUGGGCUAAAGGAUACAGAAGCAAACUAUGA